AUGUUUAUUUCCAUUCAGUUGCUGUAUUGGUCAAAAUAUUUGUGCUUCCAUGAGAUCUCCAAACGGGAGUUGAAGUUGAAAAUGCGUUAUAAGUUGCAAUGCUCAUUAAUUUUUCUGUGCAUCUUCAUUAUUUUUACGCAUACACCGAUGACGACACGGGCCUUGCGCUCAACCAAACUAAAUACGCUGAUCGAGCUCUAUGACAUGGACGAGCUGGGGCCAUUUGAAAGUAAGCGCUCGAUGCCAUGCGAUUCAUGUGGGAAUGAGUGUACGAGUGCAUGUGGCACGAAAAAUUUUCGCACCUGUUGCUUCAAUUAUCUGCGCAAACGAAAUAACCCAAAUGUCAUGAAAUCCUUCAGCAAUAAGCGUCUCAUCGAUUUCAUACUCCUACAAGGACGUGCCGUAAUGCACACCUUGGACGAGCACCACCGCAGUGGUAACGUUGGCGAUGAUGAAAGGGAGGAAAGCAGUGGUGGUGGAAGUUCCGGUAUUGUCGGGGAUGAGAAGACCUUUGCAGACAUUGGCAAUGGUCAUCGAAUUAGAAGCGCUCAUUUUCAUCACAGAAUCGUGUAAGAGGCACAUCAG